AUGAUUUCAUACAUCAAUUACUUCGUUUCAUACACCAAUACUCCAGGGUCGUGCCGAACCCCAAACCUCAGGAAAGUUUUUCAGAUACAGACACUCCAAAAGCUAGAAAUCCGCAGUUUCCCCUUCACAACACCCAACAUAGCACCGGUAAUGUUGCGGCUAUUACUUAGAAACUCGCGUCUCGCCCCAAGAAGGCUUCCAGCCACAACACGUAUUACCGUGGCUUCAUAUAACACUGCCCAACUCGAUACCUCUCUUGGUCCAAAAUACGAUAGUAUUACCGACUAUGGCUCCUACAGAAACAGUGUUUUCACGCAUAGAUUGCCUGAAUCUACCGCACUGCAGUCGCCUCAGUUGGCAGCCUUGCAUUCUCGUUUGAGAUUGCCCCAAGAGUACACAUUCUCCACGUUAUCCCAGGCGCUUAACAUGGAUAAGUUCGGUGGGUUGGCUAACAACUUCGGUCUCAGCACUUUGGGUAAAACUUUCCUUUCAUACUAUAUCUCGGAGCACUUGCUCUUGAAAUACCCACGUCUUCCCAUGCCAGUGCACAAUGCUGCCGUGGAUGCCUACAUGGGAGUCGAGGUCUUAGCUGAAAUCGGUAGAUCGUGGGGAAUUGAGGUGGACCGCUCUUCCAAAUUGGACAAGGCAUUGGCUAAGGAACCAGAGUUCUUGCAGUAUGGCCGCUUGAGAUAUCUUUCCGAGAGAUCGAAGGAGCUCAAGGCCGAGGAGACUGGCGUGCACGAGUUGUCUGCCGAAGAGCUCCAAACCAUGAACAACAGUACUCAUCAGUUCGUGCACAGAGAGACCGAGGCAUUUGCUUCUUCUGUGAGAGCUAUCAUCGGUGGUAUUUACACCCACUGCGGCGAAGAGGCCACCAAGACUUUUAUUCACAGCCACAUUUUGUCGCGCAAGGUGCCUUUGCAAGAGAUGUUCCAAUUCAGCAGACCUACCAUGGAGUUGGCUAGAGUUUGUGAGAAGUUGGGUCUUGAAGACCCCCUUGAAAUACGACUCAUAGCCGAGACCGGUCGUUUGUCAUCGCAUGCCAUCUUCAUGGCUGGAGCUUUCGUAGGCAAGGAGAAGUUGGGCGAGGGUGUUGGGUCUUCCUUAGGCGAAGCCAAGACCAGAGCCGUGGUGAAUGCAUUGAUUUCAUACUACAUGUACUCUCCAAUCAGCGCCGAGGGUACUGAGAUCAAGUUGCCCAGCGAGGAGAAGUACCAAUUCGAGGGUAUUGUGGGAACCGGUGACGUUGCUAUAUAA